AUGGCAGCCACGAGCCAGACUUGGCUGAUUACUGGUGCCUCGUCAGGCCUGGGCAAGUCACUUGCUUCCGAAGCUCUCAAGGCUGGCUACAAAGUUAUUGGGACCACGCGUGACAUCGGCAAGGCUGAAGCCUCCUACGCUGACUUCUCAGCCAACGGUGGGAUCUGGGUAGGUCUAGAUCCUGCCCAAAAUGAUGCGUACGAUCGAUUCGUGAAGUGCUCCCAGGAACACAAUGUGGAUAUUCUGGUCAACAAUGCAGGCUACGCUUUCAUUGGUGGCGUUGAGGAUACAAGUGAGUCUGAAGUUCGUGAUCAAAUGGAGGUGAACUUUUAUGGGCCCCUUCGUGCUGUCCGGGCCUGUUUGCCGGUCAUGCGUGCAAGGGGCUCUGGUCACAUCAUUCUUAUCAGCAGUGGUGCCGGUUUCAUAGCACGUCCUGGAAGAGCGACUUAUUCGGCCAGUAAAUUUGGGAUUGAAGCUAUUCAUGAGUCGCUUUCUCAUGAGGUCAAGCCUCUCGGCAUCAAAGUCUUGAUCGUGGAGCCGGGCGCUUUUCGUACCCCAUUCUCGAGCCGUAUAAUUACUCCUUCCCAGUUUGAGAAUGGCUUCAGUGAGGCCUAUAAGGGCACCGCCGUGGAGCAGAUGGUCACUUUAACUCAACAACUUGCAUCGAUGCCGGACUAUGUCAAAGGCGACCCGGAUAAGGCUGCACAGGCAAUUAUCAAGGCUACUGUGACUGGCUAUAAUUAUCUUCGUAUGCCACUUGGGACAGAUUGUGUAGUCGCUUUGGAGUCAAAGAUUGCAGAGCUACAGAGAGACCUGGAGGCAACUCGAUUAAUUGCGACAAGCACUGAUGUCGAUUAA